AUGGAAGACGAUCGCGAUGCCCGACGCAGGUCCAGCGCGACCUCGCCAACCAGUCGUCGUACCACUGCCACCGCCGAGUCUUCGACUGCCCGCGAUGGCGACGGUCUUUCCGAGAGCUUCCAGUCCACCGAUACCGUCAGGAGGCGACCCGAGGGUUAUUAUGGCACCAUAACCAAUGCCCCGGAGGCCCGCGCCUCCCUUCAAGACCCCCCGCAGACUCCCCGUCAGUCACAGCCGAGUCGGCCGGCCACGAUCGACCGUACCAAGUCGUUUCCGCGUCCGCGAAAGCCGCCCCUGUCGAGACGCCCGUCCUCAACCACUCCCUAUCGCGGUGGGGUAUUCUCUGCCCACGACGACCCACGCGAGGUGGAAGCCGAUGCUGCUGAGCGAGGAUACACUGCUAGACGACGACAGCCACCCCCGACCACACUCUCUCGCGUGCAGUCGCAACGCAAGGAGUCCAUCAUUGACACGGAGCCUCGAGCCUCGGGCACCCGCCCAAGCUCUACCAAGUCCGAUGAUGAAGACGACGUUGAGGAGACCGACGAGCACGAACACGAAGACCUUCCGCUCGAGGAACAUGUGGACUGUGACUCUGAAAGCGACCUCAGCGAAGCCGAGAGCUUUACUCUCAAAGAUCGACAGCAGGCCAUCAACCAGACCCAUCCGUUUGGUAUAAGGGUCUGGAAACCCGCUCUUUAUAAAAAAGAUCGCUCUAUUCAGAAGUCCGCCGAAGGUGAUAUUCACUCUUCCCCAGGAGGCAAUGUCAACAAGUGGCUCGUCCUGUUCAACCUCGUCUGGACCAUCUGCUUUGGCUGGUGGAUGGCCCUCCUUGCCGCACUUGGUGCCAUUAUGUGCCUUCUCUUUGCUGCGGCUCCCAGUGGUAGAGAAUACGGCCGCGUGCUUUGGGGUCUUGCUGGCUACCUCUUUUACCCGUUCGGCAAGUAUGUCCGUCUUGAGAAAGACGAACAAUAUAUGCAUGAAGAUGGAGACGAAGGACGAAGCAUUUCUGAGUACGAGCAAUGGCAAAAUGGCGACUUGGAAUAUGGUAGACUCUUUUUCGGGCCGGACCGCACUCGUUCCAUUAUUGGACGUUCUCGAAGCAGCAUUGACUCUGGACAUGACGAAACUGAAAGCCUGCUCGGCCGCGGAAGACGCCCCGACAAUCCUAACCAACCACCAAUGAAGCGACGACUGUUUGGCCGAGGCGAGUGGAAUAUUGGCCGCGUCAUAUUCUUCCUCUUCUUUUACUUCCUCAUCUCGCCAUCUCUCAUUGUUGUGUCUCUGAUUUGCUGGUUCCUCGUCUUUUGGAUUCCCAUGGGCAAGGUUACCAUGCUGCUCUUUGAUCACUUGCGCCGUCAUCCGCUUGCUCUCUCAUUUGAGUCUCACCUGGAUUAUGCCAGAUCCAGUGAUGGUCCUGAUUCAUCUAUCCUUCUCUGCACUUACCGCGCCGUAGGUAUCAAGUACUGGAAGUACACCAUCGAUGGAACCAACAUCUUCCUCAUCAAUCUCAUGGCCGUCGUCUUUUUCGUCAUCUUGGACUGGGCUGUAUUGGAUCGAAUGCUGCACCUGAAAUUGUUCAUCACUGGGCCGGCUUUCCUAUUCAUUGCAGGCUUGGUGUCCAUUAUUCCUCUUGCGUACUUUAUCGGUCAGGCCGUCGCCUCCAUCUCAGCGCAAUCAUCCAUGGGACUCGGCGCUGCCAUCAAUGCCUUCUUCGCGACGGUGGUGGAAGUGUUCCUGUACUGCGUCGCCUUGGGUCAAGGCAAAGCUCAACUUGUGGAGGGAAGUAUUGUGGGCAGCAUUUUCGCUGGUAUUCUGUUCCUGCCUGGACUUUCCAUGUGUUUUGGCGCUUUGAAGCGCAAAACGCAGCGAUUCAACGCCAAGUCGGCUGGUGUCACAUCAACCAUGUUGCUCUUUGCCGUUGUUGGCGCUUUUGGGCCAACUCUAUUCUACCAAAUCUACGGCACACAUGAACUGCAGUGCCUGGGCUGUGAAGAUUUUGAUGAUGGUGGUCGUUCCGGAGGUCGUUCUGAAGGUCGUGACUGUCGCCGCUGCUAUUUUUCGCAGGCGCCAGCUCUUGAUGACCGAUUUUAUCUCGAAGCUGUGCGACCAUAUUGCUACAUGGCCGCCUUUAUGCUCUUCUUCUCCUAUCUCAUCGGCCUCUGGUUUACUCUUCGCACGCACGCCGCCGUCAUCUGGAAUUAUGAAGUGGAGGAAAAGCGUCAGGAGGACCACAUGCAUGCUUCCUCGGUCUUGAGACCCUCGCAGCCCUCUGCGGCUGAGACAAGCAGUGCAGAUAUCCGAGACACACAUCUGUACAAGCGCAUCCUAGGCCAGUCCUUGAAGCAAGUAGGUCUGCCGACGCAAGAAUCUGGCCGCCAGCCAUCCGUCAAUAGUGCCGACGCUGCAGCGAACGGGGCACCCAGCACUCUGCAUUUUGUACCUCCAAAGGGCGCGGGCGCCGACGGUCGAUCAUUAGGCAAGGCCACUGCUGGCCUUGGUCAAGGAGAUAACUCGGCUCUCGUUCGUGAAGUUGCAGAGAUUGCCGCGACAGCUGCUACUAUCGCUUCGCGGGAUCGCCAUCACAGCCGAAAGACGUCUUUUGUACCAUCCUCGACAAAACACACCGCAUCUCGCGCCGGUGUCUUUGAAGAAGACGGUGCCGGGCAUAGUGCGGCUGGUCAUGGAGGCCACGACGCGCCAAACUGGGGUCGUGGAAAGAGUUCGUUCAUCCUUUUGUCCGCCACCAUUCUCUAUGCCAUUAUUGCUGAGAUCCUCGUCGACACUGUCGAUGUCGUUUUGGAGAACUUUGCGAUUGAUCAAAAGUUUCUGGGAGUUACCCUCUUUGCGCUUGUUCCAAACACCACUGAAUUUCUGAAUGCCAUUUCGUUCGCCAUGAACGGCAACAUUGCGUUGUCAAUGGAGAUUGGUUCUGCCUAUGCACUUCAAGUUUGCUUACUUCAGAUCCCAGCGCUCGUGCUGUACUCUGCACUAUAUCCCUACAGUGGUCCCGCCGGUGACAACACUGAAGCUUCCAUGUACACCUUUUCGCUGUUGUUUCCACAGUGGGACAUGGUGACUGUUAUCCUCUGCGUCUUCUUGCUCAGCUACGUCUAUGGCGAAGGCAAGAGCAACUACUUCAAGGGUAGCAUCCUGAUCCUCACGUACCUGGUUGUGGUGAUUGGAUACUACUUUAGCGGAUACACGUCGGACGCUAUGGGCGCGGAACGAUUUGACGUGAUGGGUGCGAACGGACAGUAUAGUUCGUUCAAGACUAUUGGUCGCACAACCAGAGGACGCGCAUAUUAG